ACUUGCACAGUAACUAACCAAACUGUCAAAAAGUUUGAUCAAUAUAAUUGUAUUAAUGAAAAUAAAUAAAUUUAACAAAAAAUGGUUCUUCUUACGGAAAAUUAUGUCGAAAAACAAUGUGCACAUAUACAAUCACAAAAAUCACUAACAAAAUUAAUUGAAAAAAAUCAUUUACAAAAAAUAACACAUUUAUUUAUGCAAGAUAAAUUCAUUGAUGCAAUUGGAAAUUUUUCGAAAUGCAAAAAUCUUCGUGUUAUAUACAUGCAAAAUAACUGUAUUAAAAAAAUUGAAAAUUUAAAUUUUGCCACUAAUUUAACUCACUUGUAUCUUCAACAUAAUAAUUUAUCAAAAAUUGAAAAUUUACAUACACUUAAAAAUUUAACACAUUUAUUCUUGGGGUAUAAUAAUAUCAGUGUCAUUGAAGGACUUGAAAAUUUAGAUAAAUUAUUAGAACUUCAUGUUGAAAAUCAACACUUACAUGCUGGCGAAUCAUUGGUAUUUGAUCCAAGAAGUCUUCAGACAAUAUCCGUUUUUUUAAAAGUACUUAAUGUAGCUGGAAAUAAAUUAACAUCGCUAAGAUGUUUUAGAAAUUUUAUAAAUCUAGAAACUAUUGAUGCAAGAAAUAAUUUAAUCGAUGAUGAUAAAGAUUUGAGUCAAACUAUAAUGUCAUUACGAUGGUUGAAGAAACUUGAUUUGCAAAAAAAUCCAGUUGCCGAAUUUUAUAGAUAUCGAGAGAAUGUCAUUGCCAACAGUAAUUCACUCGUAUGUCUAGAUGGAAAAAUAAUAAGUGAUUUGACACGUCAGUUUAUGAAAAGAUUUAAACAGGAAAAAUUAAUGAGAUUAACUCAUAGUGAACCAAAAAUGUCCUUACAAGAUGACAUAACAUCUUCUUUGAAUUUACCACCGGCAUUUAGAAGGUCAGUGUCAAGAGCUAUUCUUCAAGAACAACCGGGACCAAAACUUGUGAUGAAUAUUUCAUCAAUUAUUGGAGAAUCACGUCCUCAUAUAUUUCCAGCGUGGAAAUCAACUACAGCGAUUGCUGGAAUGAAAAAUAAUCAUGUUACUCCACGUCCAUUUUGGAGGAAAAAAAUUUCUAAAGAUAAACAAUUAAUUAAUGGUUCAUUGGGUAUCAUUGAUAAUAAAAAUUAUUCUUCAAUUGUACCGAGAAAAUAAAAUUUUGUACUGUCAAGAGACAAUUAAUAAUUAAUAAUUAAUUUUUAAAAAUUGUAUAAAAUUAUUUUCCUGAACUAUUGAUAAUGCUUGAAUUUUAAAUUAUUUUAAGCCAUGUUUCAUGAAGAUUUACUUAGAAUUACUAAAUAAGUUGUCAUUCCACUAACAAUCUAAAAAAUAAAUUUACAAAUAUUAUUAGAUAAUUAUAAUUUUAAAAAUAUAUUAAAAAGUAAAUUUGAACUUACAGAAAGCAGAAGAGGCAGGUGGAUAUGAAAAAAACCAUACCCAGCAGUGAAAUAUAUUUUUUUUAUACGAAAAUACAUAGUUGCUUUUUCAGUUACCUUGUUAAAUGGGUAAUUUAUUUAUUAUUAAAUAGUUGAAUUAAAUUUUUAUGUCGAAAAAAAAUAUAAAUAAAUACCUGAAUUGUAUUUGAGUGUCUUUGAAUUGCUGAUACUGGUGAAAAAACUUGGUCUACUAUUUUAUUAGCCUGUAAAAAAUUACCCUCAAUUAAUUAAUGAAUAAUUAAUGAAAAUAAAUAGUUGACUUACUUGAGAACUUGUUAUGUGACAUGAAAAUAUUAUCAAAACAAGAUUUAAAAAUACUCCAAGUCCACAAAUUGUAUCUUUCACAAUGACAUACAUUAAAUUUUCCUUGUAAUUCAUUAUUGUAUAAAGCCUGGUCAAUACACUCAGAGAAAAUAUCAUUAUCCACAACAACAAUUGAACCGAGUAACAAUUAUUAAUUUUUUCAGCAGCUGUUGAUAAAUUCGAAUGCAUCAGCCAAACAUUUUGAAGUUUUAAACCAUCCCAUGUACCACUUAAAGUUUGUAUUUUCAUUUCCAUCAUCCAGUCUGUAAAAAAAAUCAAAUAAAAACCAUAAAAAUAUCAUCACAAGUUUUGCAAUGACAAAUUAAAUUUAAAUAACUGAAAAAAAUAAAAUAAAUAAUACCUUUUUUCACAACAAGUUGACUCAGAUGAUUGAAUCUUUGAUACAGUGUCAUCAUAAAUCCAUAAAAUAAUAAAAUUUGAGUUGUUAUACAACUGUAAAAUAAAUAAUGGGCAAUAACUUCCAACAGUGGACAAUAAUCAACAGUUUUGUAAGAAACAUAUAAAACUGGUAGCCAUAAAGCCAGAGCUAUCAGUCCAACAACUCGACAAUGAAUUAGUGUUAAAUUAUUAUAUUUAUUAUUAAAUUUUGCAGCAACAUCAUAAACAUGAAUAUGAUCAAUUGCUGAUCUCAAUUCUUCAUAAUUAAUAAUUGUAAAUAUAACAUCAGCUAUAAUACCAAUAAAGCUAAAAAUUGUUCUUAAAAUUGUUAA